ACUCGUCUUGCACCUCCUCUCGUUUACCUCCCAGACAAUGUUAUCGCGAGUCUUGGGAUAAACUUGUGGUCAGUACAAGUUCUCGCGAGAGACAGUUGGUUGCUAUAGUUGCGAAAAACAAGUUUGUGUCGAUCUAAGCGCGCUCUCGCUCGUUAGAAAAGUGUCUCUUCCCCGCCUUCGCAUCUCGGACUUUUCUUUUCAACUUUGGGCCAGACUGAAAGGCGGAGACCACAUCCCAGCACGACUGCACUGCCGGACCCCCGGCUAAGCGAGGACGCUCCCGCCAACCCAGGCCUCCCACCCGAAGCCAGACUUAGACCCCGCUUCCCACUUUGCGCCGAGAUCCCCCUCAAGACCAAAGAAGACCACGGAGACUUUGCCCAAGUGCUGAUAUGGAGCAGGUGUCAUCAACAGGCAGACCUGUGCAGAUCACUGUGACAGACGGAUAUGACUUGAAAGGUUUUAAAGGCGAUGCUCCAGUUACCUUUAUUCGUGCAGAAUUCAAUCAGGUGGUUCUGGGAGACUCUGCAAAAAUUACUAUUUCUCCAGAAGGAACUGCAAAAUAUAACUUCACUAGCAGUUUUGAGUUCAAUACUGAAGGAGGAAUCACUUUGGAUGACCUUGCCCACAAACCUGUUUUCUUAACUAUGACUGAAGUUUUACCAAAGGAAAAGAAGCAGAAAGAGGAGAAGACCUUAAUUCUUGGUCAAGCUGUGGUGGAUCUUCUUCCUUUACUAGAAGGAGAGAGUUCAUUUGAAACGAUGGUCCCAUUGCACCCUGUGCCAGGCUCACCCUUAGAACCUCUUAGAUCAGGUGUUAAGCAGUGCAGUCUUGAAGUUAAAGUAUUUGUAGCGGAGCCUUUAUUGACCACAGCCCAGAUCUCAGAAGGCAAUCUUCUGAAAGUCACAUUGGAGGCUGCCUACUCUGUGCCUGAAUCCUUCAUUCCGCUGCAGAACUACAUGGUUGGUCUGCAAGUUCCAUCAGCCGGAGAGAAGGACUAUCCUAUUUUCUUCAAGAAUGGAACUCUGAAGCUUGGAGGGGAAAGAGAACCUGUUCCUCGGCCCAAAAAAUGGCCUAUUGCCAACAUUCUGGCUCCAGGAGCUAAUAACAUUCCUGAUGCAUUUAUCGUUGGUGGGCCCUACGAGGAGGAGGAAGGAGAACUCAACCACCCUGAGGACAGGGAAUUUAGGAACCAAGCAGAAUGCCUAAAGAAAAGGAUUACUUGGGACUUGGAAAGUCGAUGCUACCUUGAUCCUCCUGCGGUGGUCAGUUUUCAGAAGCGAAUUGCUGACUGCCGAUUUUGGCCUGUAGAGAUCACAAGAGUUCCUUUGACUACUGCACCCAAAGGGAAAGGUGCUAAAUUUGAAAAGACUGAUGAUGAAGGUCAGCCUUCAUUUCAUGGUGUGGCUUAUGUUAAUAUGGUGCCAUUGCUGUAUCCAGGUGUGAAGAGGAUUCGGGGAGCUUUUCAUGUUUACCCUUACCUAAAUAGUACAGUCUAUGAAAAAACCAAGUGUUUAUUUAGCUUGUUCCGAGAUCCUGGCCAUAAUUUGAUUCAGAAUAAUAAAACAGGAGGAAUUAAUUCUCCACUGUCCAAACCAGUUAUUUCUAAGAACCUGAAAGAAGAUAAAGUGGUCAAAGAAAAGGAUAUAGAAGGAAAGCUUAGGCCCGGGGAAAUGCAAGCACCUAGUAUAAAAUCUCAGAGCUCAGAUACCCCUUUGGAAGUUGAACCUUCUCUGUGCAACAAUCCAGAAGGACAGCAAUAUGUAGAAGCAGGAACAUACAUUGUGUUGGAGAUUCAGCUGGACAAAGCCUUGGUUCCAAAGAGAAUGCCGGAGGAGCUAGCCAGAAGGGUCAAGGAAAUGAUUCCUCCAAGGCCACCUCUUACCCGUCGGACUGGAGGAGCUCAGAAGGCAGUAAGUGACUACCACAUGCAGAUCAAGAACAUUUCUAGAGCCAUUCUGAAUGAAUAUCACAGGAUGUUUGGAAAACAGGUAGCCAAAUUGGGGAAUGAUUUGGAUUGUGAAACCCUGGAGGAACAGAAGUGCCAGCUCAACUAUGAACUUAAUUGCUCUGGAAAAUAUUUUGCAUUCAAAGAACAACUCAAGCAUGCUGUGGUAAAGAUUGUGCGGGAAAAGUACUUAAAGACAACAUCAUUUGAAAACCAAGAGGAACUGCAGAAAUUUAUUAGUGAGCUCUAUGUGUUCUUGGUGGAUCAGAUGCAUGUGGCCUUAAAUCAGACUAUGCCAGAUGAUGUCCAAGGCACUGCUUCAACAAUUCCUACCAGCAGUGAACAGCUUCGACUCUUUGCAUUCGAAGCAGAAGUCAAUGAGAACUUUGAAAUGGCAGCAGCGUACUAUGAAGAGAGGUUAGUCCGUGAGCCCCAGAACCUGGAGCAUUGGCUGGACUAUGGUGCCUUCUGCCUCCUAACUGAAGACAACAUCAAAGCACAAGAGUGUUUUCGGAAAGCCCUUUCCCUGAACCAGAAUCAUGUCCACAGCUUGUUGCUGUGUGGUGUCCUGGCUGUCCUGAUGGAGAACUAUGAGCAGGCAGAAAUUUUCUUUGAAGAUGCUACUUGCUUGGAACCAACUAAUGUUGUAGCCUGGACUUUACUUGGCUUGUACUAUGAAAUUCAAAACAAUGAUAUUCGAAUGGAAAUGGCAUUUCAUGAAGGCUUCAAACAGCUUCAGGCACAAAUGCUUCAGUCACAAGUAACAAAGCAGAGGAGCACUGGUACUGUAGAGUUCUUUGAAGAAGGAGGGAAAACAGAAUCCAGUUUAGGCCUUUGGGGAAUUACUAGUGGUUCUUCUACAGCAGCAAUCAAGAUGGAAGCCCAAGCAGGAGCUCCAUUAUCUGUUCUGGAUGAAUUUCUUGAUGAAUCCUCUCACCUGAAGUCUGAUUCACAUGAACCCAUUUUGUCUGUACAAUCUCAGGAUCCAAAUACAAGCCAAAAACCAUCCAACUCAUUUCUCAAGGAAAUACCACCAAAAAAAGAAGCAUCAAAAUGGCAAGAGUCAUCAACUUGUCUGCAACCUACUCCUUAUAGUGUUUCCCAAACUCCUAUCACCAUCUUCAUGGAGACCAUACGCUUCUUGAUGAAAGUCAAUGCUGUGCAGUAUGUACACAGAGUGCUUGCACAUGAGCUACUCUGCCCUCAAGGAGGCCCAAGCUGUGAGUAUUACCUGGUGCUGGCUCAGACACACCUUCUCAAGAAGGACUUUGCUAAAGCAGAGGAAUACCUCCAACAAGCAGCGCAGAUGGACUACCUGAACCCUAACGUCUGGGGCGUGAAGGGCCAUCUCUAUUUUCUGAGUGGAAAUCAUGCUGAGGCCAAGGCAUGCUAUGAGCGAACUGUUAGCUUUGUAGUAGAUGCUUCUGAGAUGCACUUCAUCUUCCUGCGACUGGGGCACAUAUACCUGGAAGAGAAAGAGUAUGAAAAGGCGAAGAAAACCUACCUGCAAGCCUGUAAGAGAUCACCUUCAUGCCUCACCUGGCUGGGACUGGGAAUCGCCUGUUAUCGGUUGGAGGAGCUCACAGAGGCUGAGGAUGCUCUCUCUGAAGCCAAUGCACUGAACAACUACAAUGCUGAAGUAUGGGCCUAUCUGGCUCUGGUCUGCCUGAAAGCUGGACGGCAGCUGGAAGCUGAGCAGGCCUACAAGUACACAAUGAAGCUGAAAUUGAAAGAUGAGAAUCUGCUUACAGAGAUCCACACAGUACAGGAGACAGUUGGCUUUGGAAAUCCAUCUUUCUGACAACUUCCACCUGAAGAAUUUUCUGUAUGGGAUGCUAAGCUCCUUUCCUUCUCAGAGAAAUUAAAUCCUGGAUGUUUCACCAUAUGAGAGCUGUGGAUGAGUUAAAAAAAGAUCUUCAACAUAAAUUGAAACUCAUUCAUGUAUUUCCAUUGGAUAUCAUACUGGAUGGCUAUGUUACUGGAAGUUUUACUGGUUGACAGUAAACCGGGUGGCAAUAAAAAUCUAAAUAAGAGGUUUUGAA